CAUUUAGUUUACAAUGAUUAAAUGAUACACACACCACCGUAGCAUAUAGCAGAAGUAGAUAACAGAAUCUAUCUUCGUUGGAUAAGAAAUUUUCCCACUUUCGCAAAAGCCUUGUGGCUUCUAACAAUGGCUUCUUCAGUUACGUCUUCUUUUCAAAUCAGCAAUUUUAAGUCUGUUUUCUUGGGUGAGAAAAGUAAGAUCAGAGUUUCAACUAGUCCUGCUACUCGUGUUGGUUUGUUUAGAAAGACUAUAGAAUGUAAGGAAUCACGAAUUGGGAAACAACCAAUUCCUGUUCCAUCCAAUGUUACCAUCAAAUUGGAAGGGCAGGAUAUACAAGUGAAAGGUCCAUUGGGAGAACUUUCGUUAACCUAUCCUCGAGAAGUUAAGGUUGAGAGGAAAGACGAAGGGAUUUUAAGCGUCAGUAAGGCAGUCGAAACCAGAAGGGCAAAUCAAAUGCACGGUCUUUUCAGGACGCUUACAGACAACCUGGUGGUUGGAGUAUCUAAAGGUUUCGAAAAGAAACUUCAACUUAUUGGUGUCGGUUAUCGUGCUACGGUAGAAGGAAAUGACGUAGUGUUGAAUCUUGGAUUUUCUCAUCCUGUUAAGAUGCCAAUCCCUAAUGGCAUCAAAGUGAAGGUAGACGAAAACACCAAAAUCACAGUUAGUGGAUAUGACAAAUCUGAGAUUGGCCAGUUUGCGGCUUCGAUUAGAAAAUGGAGACCUCCAGAACCUUACAAAGGCAAAGGUAUCAAAUAUGAAGAUGAAGUUGUAAGGAGAAAGGAAGGAAAAGCAGGGAAGAAGAAGUGAUGUAGGUCUCAAUUUUCCCUUUUUAUCUUAUCUUUUGUUGUUUUUUAUUGUUUGUUAGUAAUGGAAAUAUUAUAUCUACUGAGCAAAAGAAGUUCAUAUUUUAUUUUAUAAGAUAGAAUCAUUUGUGUUUAUGUUAUUCAAUUCAAUGCAUGGUAAAAAGGUAUCAUUAUAUGUAAACAUGACAAUAUUUAUUAUUGAAUUUUAAUGGUGAGAUCACUGACAUAA